GUUGCUUAUAAAAUUGGUAAGCAUGCGCAAACACUCCAUGUAGCGUUGAGACAUCGUUUGUGUUAACUGAGGUCACGGUGAGCAUAAGACAUGGCCAAGCUGUUUGAGUCCCUGGGGAAGCUGGGCCUGGCCCUGGCGGUGGCUGGAGGUGUGGCAAACUCUGCCCUCUAUAACGUGGACGCUGGGCACCGGGCCGUCAUCUUCGACCGCUUCCGCGGCGUGCAGGAAACAGUUGUUGGCGAGGGAACGCACUUCCUCAUCCCCUGGGUGCAGAAGCCAAUCAUCUUUGACUGUCGGUCCCGCCCCCGCCAGGUGCCCGUCAUAACAGGCAGCAAAGAUCUGCAGAACGUGAACAUCACGCUGCGGAUCCUGUUUCGGCCAAUGGCUGGCCAGCUGCCCCGCAUCUUCACCAGCAUCGGGGAGGACUACGACGAGCGAGUGCUGCCCUCCAUCACCACCGAGGUGCUGAAGUCUGUGGUGGCUCGGUUUGACGCUGGGGAGCUGAUCACACAGAGGGAGCUGGUGUCUCUGCAGGUCAGUGAGGAUCUGACAGAGAGAGCCUCCACCUUCGGCCUGAUCCUGGACGACGUGUCGCUGACCCACCUGACCUUCGGGAAGGAGUUCACUGAAGCUGUGGAGAUGAAGCAGGUGGCGCAGCAGGAAGCUGAGCGGGCCAGAUUUGUGGUGGAAAAGGCGGAGCAGCAGAAGCAGGCGACCGUCAUCUCGGCGGAGGGGGACUCGCAGGCGGCGCUGCUGAUCGCUAACUCGCUGGCCAUAGCGGGCGACGGCCUGGUGGAGCUGCGCAAGCUGGAGGCAGCCGAGGACAUCGCCUUCCAGCUGUCUCGCUCCCGAAACGUCACCUACCUCCCCUCCGGCCAGGGCACGCUGCUACAGCUGCCCCAGUGAGCCCGCCCCUUCGCCCGGCAGUCCCAACCCCCCCCCCCCCCCCCCCACUGUCCCCUGGCCUGGAGCAGCGUAGGUUGGCCUCAGCAGAUGUGCGCGGGGUUACAGCCUGCUUUUGUAAAGGUUCAAAUGAUGCCUGAAGAGCGUGUGGUUUGCAUGCAGAGGAGCAUUUCACCCGGCUCUUUCCCGAGCUCCGGCCCAGCCUGGUCUGUACCGCCUCGCGGGGCUGCAGUGGCCUGAAGGCCAGACGGGCCUCACACGUGAACCCCAAUGUGAUCUCAGGCCUGAUCUGCUCAGUAAGAGCGUAGGUGCAACCGUUUAGGAAUGACUAAAUAAUAGAAGUUUAAUUAUUAAUAAUUAUUUAUUAAUAAUAAUUACUCUUUUUUUUUUUUAAUGGCUGGAGGGAAUGUCCACUAAUGGAUAUGACCUCUCUGUUAGUUCCCUUCAAGUAUCUGAAAUUUCUGGCUAGCCUCUCCUCAAAAAUCGAGGCAAAAGAGAGGGAAAUAUGCCUGGUCUUCAGAGUGAUAGAACGGAGAAAAGUGAUCGAUCAUUCUUUUUGUUUUGAUGAGAGCUGUUGGCUCUGUUUUGGAUCAAAUUGUAACUCAACAAUAAAAAACAAAUUUUUUUGUUUCCA